GCGGCGGCGGUGGCGGCGGCGGCGGCGGCGGCGGCGGCGGGGCGUAGCUUACUCACAGGGGCGGCCCGUAUCCCUCCGCCGCCGGCGCGGCUUGGCCCUCCCCCCCCUGGCCCGCCAAUCCCUGCGCCUCCCGACCUGCCCCUCGGUCGGGCCCACCCCGUGCUCCGACGGCCCCACCCCGGCGGCGCCGCCCGCCCGCCCGCCCGCGCGUCCCUCGGUCCACCUGCAGCAGGCAGGAAGGCAGGCAGUCCCUCCGGCUGUACGACCGAGAGACGCCGGCCGAGCUUGGGCUUUUGCUUUCUGGCGGAGGGAUCCGCGGCGGCUGACUAGGCGGCGCUGAUCCUGGGAGGAAGAGGCAGCUACGGCGGCGGCGGCGGCGGCUAGGGCGGCGGCGAAUAAAGGGGCCGCCGCCGGGUGAUGCGGUGACCGCUGCGGCAGGCCCAGGAGCUGAGUGGGCCCCGGCCCUCAGCCGGUGCCGCCAGACCCGGUCUCCUCAACUCUCCAUCUUCUCCGGCCGACCGCGAUCGCCGAGGCGGCCUCAGGCUCCCUAGCCCCUUCCCCGUCCCUUCCCCGCCCCCGUCCCCGCCCCGGGGGCCGCCGCCACCCGCCUCCCACCAUGGCUCUGAAGAGAAUCCACAAGGAAUUGAAUGAUCUGGCACGGGACCCUCCAGCACAGUGUUCAGCAGGUCCUGUUGGAGAUGAUAUGUUCCAUUGGCAAGCUACAAUAAUGGGGCCAAAUGACAGUCCCUAUCAGGGUGGAGUAUUUUUCUUGACAAUUCAUUUCCCAACAGAUUACCCCUUCAAACCACCUAAGGUGGCAUUUACGACAAGAAUUUAUCAUCCAAAUAUUAACAGUAAUGGCAGCAUUUGUCUUGAUAUUCUACGAUCACAGUGGUCUCCAGCACUAACUAUUUCAAAAGUACUCUUAUCCAUCUGUUCUCUGUUGUGUGAUCCCAAUCCAGAUGAUCCUUUAGUGCCUGAGAUUGCUCGGAUCUACAAAACAGAUAGAGAAAAGUACAACAGAAUAGCUCGGGAAUGGACUCAGAAGUAUGCGAUGUAAUUAAAGAAAUUAUUGGAUAACCUCUACAAAUAAAGAUAGGGGAACUCUGAAAGAGAAAGUCCUUUUGAUUUCCAUUUGACUGCUUUCUAUGAGCCCACGCCUCAUCUUCCCCUGUGCACAUGUUUACCUGAUAAAGCAGUGCUGCGUGUUGUACAUACUUGGAACAACAAACUAGAAAUACUGUACUUCUGUACCAACAUUGCCUCCUAGCAGAGAAGUGUGUGUGUGACAAGCCAGUUCUACAGGCAUUACCUAGGUGUGAGACUAAAAGCUUUUCUUACUGACUUAAAUUUGGAUAACAGCAAGGCGUGAGGGGGGUGGUGGGUAUGGUGUGAGCUUGGAUGGGAAAGAAAAGGCUCCACUCACCUGUAGGAGAUUAUUUUUAAGUGGAAUCCAUUUAAACUCAAAACAGUUAUGAAAAGCAAGGUGAAGAACAUGAAGCUGUGUCUGUAUUCAUUUUAUUCCGAAGGAGCUACGUCUUAGGUGAAAGUUAUGACCAACCAGAUUAAACUCUACCCACAUCCUGCAUUUUAAAGUCUAAGUUUAACUGGUCAACAUUUAAAUGGAUUGGAGCUAUUAGUACAUCAAGUGUGAUGGGCUUUGUUCCCAACUCUUUUACAUUUCCCUACCCCUUCAACCUUUGGCCUUUCAUCCCUUCUUUCUCUCUUCCAUAUUCUUUGGUUUGUAUGUGGUUUCUCAGUUAAUACAUAGCUAAUAGCUCUUAUUUUUCUUAUGUUUUUAACCGCUUAGGUCUAUUUGGAUGUAAGGGUGAAAAUUCACUUGAUGGAAAUACUUGUGUAUAUUUAAAGACCCAGUUGCUCCUCUGGAGCUUGUACGUUCAAGAAUGAUUAAUCUGUGUAAUAAACUGAUUACUACAGUCAUUACAUAUAAUUUUGUGUGAAUAGGCUUUUUGAUUUUUAAGAAGUUUGUCUAGCUGAGAUUAGUGGUGGAUUUUCUCCCACUUCUGAAAUGUUCAUUUAUACUGGUUGCAUUUCAAGAUCAUGAAACAAUUCCAGUUACAUAGUAAAAAGGAUAUCUUAAGAGUGAUUUUAUUGAACAAGAUAGAGGCAUAAGCUUAAGAGCAUUUCCAUGAAACUUAACACAUGCAGCAUUCCAGGAACCUGAUUGUUAAAUUCAAUAAGAAAUUUGCUUUAUUAAUGAAACUAAGCUGCGUUUCAUCAAAACCUUGUGACAUUCCCUUGGUACACAGGACAUAAAACACAGAGGCAUUGUUAUUUGGUAAGUUAAGCUUCUGUGAUUGUAAUCAUAAAAGAGCAACAUUGACCAAACCUGGGAAACAAGAGCACAAUCUUGUUUGGAGAGUCUGCAUAAUUACUUUGCACUAACAUUUGCAGGAUGUUCAUCCAAUUUUAAAUUGUACUGUACGUGGCUUUUUGAAGUCUUCCCUUGACUCUAGUAAAAUAUAGCUUGAAACUUGUAAACGACUGUGUUUGCCAGAAACAUCAAUCAUGUGAACUAGGCAAGUUAUCUUUUUUUCCUUCUUUUCCUGAUUGUAAACUAGGCCAACCUGAAAGCCAUGGCUGAUGCUCUAGCCAUCAGGUUCUUUCAAAUGCAUCUUUACACUCUUGCACAAAAAUUAAGGAAUAAAUGUCCACUGCUUUUGGUUUUAAA